GUGAAACUUAAGAUAUUAUCUAAAUACAGGAGGCGGAGUAACCAUAUAAAACCCUGUUCUGUAAACAUGUCAAGCCAGACAACAUUUCGAUUUCCACCAAAAGAGCUUGUGGUUAAUAGAAGGAAAUGUCUGAAGAGGAUCUUAAAAACUUGUCCUGCCACUUUACGUGGGGAUUGCAAAAGGAGGAUGCUGAUCUUAAUUUCCUUGAAGUAAAAUUCUGUGAAAGGCUGACAAUGAAAUGCGAGUAUGGAGACAAUUUGAAACAUAGUGAUUUGAAUUUUUUUGCCUUCAUCAAACAUUUACAAGGUUUUAAUGACAAGGCACUUAAGAAUCUGGAACUAGCAAAAGAAGAACAUCCAGGAAAUGAACAUUAUUUAAUUGUGACAUAUGGAAACUUAGCCUGGGUGCACAGUCUCAUGGGCAAUGUGCCAGAAGCCAAAACCUGCAUAGAGAAAGUGAAUCAAAUUCUCAAAGCUUUUCCCGCUCCAUCUCCAACAGAGCUUCACAGAGAAGUUCAGAGUGAAAAAGCCUGGUCAUUUCUUAAGUUUUCUAGAAAAUCAUACAUCAGGGCCAAGGAGAGUUUCUAUGAAGCUCUGCAGAAAGAACCAGAUGACAAGGAAUGGAACACAGGCUAUGCCUUUUCUCUUUUCUGUCUGGAGGGAUUGGAGAUUAAUCAGAACAAGCGUUUACGUUUUGAAGAGUCUGCUGCUGUAGUCCAGUUGAAGAAAGCUCUGAUACUGGACCCAGACAAUGCAAUGAUCCAUGUAUAUCUGGGGCUCAAGUGCUACAAGAACCAAAGGAAUGCUGAGGCAUGGGAGUACAUGACGAAAGCACUUACAGUGGAUCCAGAUAACCUCAGUGUUGUUUUGCGUGUUUCAAAGUUCAUGAAGAAAGAGCAGUGCUAUGACAGGGCCCUGGGAGUGCUGCUGAGGAUGCUAGAGAAAGCACCAGAGUCAUCACGUUUACAUCAUGAGAUUGCCAACAAUUACCGCUGGAAAGCCAUGCAGUUGGAAGACAUCCACAAUCCAGUGUUGCUGCGCCUUUGCAUUCAGCAUUUAGAGAAGGGUGCCAGUUUAAAUCCUGGGUUCAUUUACCCACAGUUGGAGCUAGCUCUGAGAUAUGCAGACAUCAAACAAUAUGCUAAAGCAGAGCAGAAGUUCCGUGCGCUCAUUGCUCUUGACCUAAAGCCAAAUGAUCUUCAAGCCUGGCAUCGCAAGUAUGGAGAUUUCCAACUCUACAAGUUGGGUUCAGAGGCAGCAGCGGUUGAGCAUUACAAACAAGGUAUGGCGCUGGGUCGAGUGUCCACUGAAUGGAACAACUGCAGAAACAGACUGAAAAAAGUCCUUUGGCAUGACAGAAGGGAUGCAUACCAGAUCCGGAUGUACUUGGAUUCCUUUAGCAGAGGGAAUAAUGGAGACGCUAAUUAAGAGACAACAUUUACUUCACCUUUCCUUGCUAUACAAGAUGGGUUACUUUGAAAUCUGAAGUUCCACUAAUUAUAAUAUCUAUACUCUCAUGUAACAAAAAUGCGACAAUAAUUUCACCUGAGCUGAAAAAAUAAAUUAAAUCAUUAAUUAUUUGAUAUUUAGUUGUGUCAUUAUUAACACCUUUGUUCUAAACCUGUAUGGCUUUCGUCCUCCUGUGGAACACAAAAAUAGAUGUUAGACACAGGGAUGGAUUACCGACCGGGCCAAUGGGGCCAGUGCCUAGGGGCCCACCAUGACUACUAGGAGGCCCUUGACUGCCCGGGUGUGCAGUUUAGGCUAAUUUUUGUUUGGCAAAUCUAACAACAACACUGUAAUGCUGUAAAAUCAAUAACACCAACAUAUAAAAUAAAAUAAAAAUCACAUAUGAGCUAAGAAAAAUUUUUGCUUUUUCAUUUAAGCGUGACGUCUUCUCAAAGCCCUGAUAUACAAUUUUGUUGAGGGUGCAGGAAUGAGUGAUUUUUAUUUAUUUAUUUUUGUAAAUUGCACAUUACAUAAACAAAGAACAGUGUGCAUUUCAUUACAUAAAUUCAGGAAAAGAUUAAAAAAAAAAAAAAGAUAAGACAGAUAGAUAGAUAGAUAGAUAGAUAGAUAGAUAGAUAGAUAGAUA